GCCUGUCUCCAUGGUCCAAGCGCAGGGUUCCCAUUAUCUCAGAGUUCAGAGGGGAAGGUGUGAGCAUCCACUCUGCUGUCUGCGCUGAAGAUGGAGAGAUGUCUGUCGUUCCUCUCUCUCUCCUCCCUGCUCCUGCUCUGUACAGCCAGCAGGGAGGAUGUGAGGCUGGUGAAUGGUAGCAGCCCCUGUGCUGGGAGAGUGGAGGUUUACCAUCGGGGAGAGUGGGGGACAGUGUGUGAUGAUGACUGGGACAUGAAGGAUGCUGGGGUGGUGUGCAGACAGCUAGGCUGUGGAGAUGCUGUAGAGGCACUAGGAGAGGCUCACUUUGGACCAGGGUCUGGGAGAAUAUGGCUGGGUGCUGUGUCCUGCAAUGGAUCAGAAUCCUCACUGAAGCUGUGUGGAUCACCAGGAUGGGGUAAACUUGGUUGUAAUCAUCGAGAGGACGCUGGAGUGAUCUGCUCAGAGGUCAGGCUGGUGGGUGGGACUGACCUGUGCUCUGGGAGAGUAGAGGUGCAUCAUGGGAGCUCCUGGGGCACGGUGUGUGAUGCUGACUUUGACCAGCAGGACGCAGAGGUUGUGUGCAGGGAGCUGGGCUGUGGGGCUCCUAAAGAGCUGCGUGGGGCAGCUGCAUUCGGCAAGGGCGAGGGCCAGGUGUGGGCAGAGGAGAUUCAGUGUAGAGGCAACGAAUCUCAGAUUAACUUCUGCCCCACAGCACCCUCACAGAAUCAACCCUGCUCCCAUGGAAACGAUGUGGGCCUGGUGUGUUCUGGCUGGGAGGAUGUGAGGCUGGUGAAUGGUGGCAGCCCCUGUGCUGGGAGAGUGGAGGUUUACCUUCGGGGAGAGUGGGGGACAGUGUGUGAUGAUCGCUGGGACAUGAAGGAUGCUGGGGUGGUGUGCAGGCAGCUGGGCUGUGGAGAUGCUGUAGAUGCACUAGGAGAGGCUCACUUUGGACCAGGGUCUGGGAGAAUAUGGAUGGCUUAUGUGUCCUGCAGUGGAUCAGAAUCCUCACUGAAGCAGUGUGGGGCACCUGGAUGGGGUAAAAAUAACUGUCAUCAUGGAGAGGACGCUGGAGUGAUCUGCUCAGAGGUCAGGCUGGUGGGCGGGACUGACCUGUGCUCUGGGAGAGUAGAGGUGCAUCAUGGGAGCUCCUGGGGCACGGUGUGUGAUGCUGACUUUGACCAGCAGGACGCAGAGGUUGUGUGCAGGGAGCUGGGCUGUGGGGCUCCUAAAGAGCUGCGCGGGGCAGCUGCAUUCGGCCAGGGCGAGGGCCAGGUGUGGGCAGAGGAGAUUCAGUGUCGAGGCAGCGAAUCUCAGAUUAACUUCUGCCCCACAGCACCCUCACAGAAUCAAUCCUGCUCCCAUGGAAACGAUGUGAGCCUGGUGUGUUCUGGCAGGGAGGAUGUGAGGCUGGUGAAUGGUGGCAGCCCCUGUGCUGGGAGAGUGGAGGUUUAUCUUCGGGGAGAGUGGGGGACAGUGUGUGAUGAUCACUGGGACAUGAGAGGUGCUGGAGUGGUGUGCAGACAGCUGGGCUGUGGAGAUGCUGUAGAUGCACUAGGAGAGGCUCACUUUGGACCAGGGUCUGGCACAAUAUGGAUGUCUUAUGUGUCCUGCAGUGGAUCAGAAUCCUCACUGAAGCAGUGUGGAUCACCAGGAUGGGGUAAACAUCGCUGUAGUCAUAGAGAGGAUGCUGGAGUGAUCUGCUCAGGGGUCAGGCUGGUGGGCGGGACUGACCUGUGCUCUGGGAGAGUAGAGGUGCAUCAUGGGAGCUCCUGGGGCACGGUGUGUGAUGCUGACUUUGACCAGCAGGACGCAGAGGUUGUGUGCAGGGAGCUGAGCUGUGGGGCUCCUAAAGAGCUGCGCGGGGCAGCUGCAUUCGGCCAGGGCGAGGGCCAGGUGUGGGCAGAGGAGAUUCAGUGUAGAGGCAACGAAUCUCAGAUUAACUUCUGCCCCACAGCAGCCUCACAGAAUCAACCCUGCUCCCAUGGAAACGAUGUGGGCCUGGUGUGUUCUGGCAGGGAGGAAGUCAGGCUGGUGAAUGGUAGCAGCCCCUGUGCUGGGAGAGUGGAGGUUUACCACCGGGGAGAGUGGGGGACAGUGUGUGGCCGUGGCUGGGACAUGAGGGAUGCUGGGGUGGUGUGUAGACAGCUGGGCUGUGGAGAUGCUGUAGAUGCACUAAAAGGGGGUCACUUUGGACCAGGGUCUGGGAGAAAAUGGAUGGAUGAUGUGAUCUGCAGUGGAUCAGAAUCCUCACUGAAACAGUGUGGGGCACGAGGAUGGGGUAACCAUCGCUGUAAUCAUCGGGAGGAUGCUGGAGUGAUCUGCUCAGAGGUCAGGCUGGUGGGCGGGACUGACCUGUGCUCUGGGAGAGUAGAGGUGCAUCAUGGGAGCUCCUGGGGCACGGUGUGUGAUGCUGACUUUGACCAGCAGGACGCGGAGGUUGUGUGCAGGGAGCUGGACUGCGGGGCUCCUAAAGAGCUGCGCGGGGCAGCUGCAUUCGGCCAGGGCGAGGGCCAGGUGUGGGCAGAGGAGAUUCAGUGUAGAGGCAGCGAAUCUCAGAUUAACUUCUGCCCCACAGCACCCUCACAGAAUCAAUCCUGCUCCCAUGGAAACGAUGUGGGCCUGGUGUGUUCUGGCAGGGAGGAUGUGAGGCUGGUGAAUGGUGGCAGCCCUUGUGCUGGGAGAGUGGAAGUUUACCAUCGGGGAGAGUGGGGGACAGUGUGUGACCGUGGCUGGGACAUGAAGGAUGCUGGGGUGGUGUGCAGACAGCUGGGCUGUGGAGAUGCUGUAGAUGCACUAGGAGAGGGUCACUUUGGACCAGGGUCUGGGACAAUAUGGAUGUCUUAUGUGUCCUGCAGUGGAUCAGAAUCCUCACUGAAGCACUGUGGAUCACCAGGAUGGGGUAAACUUGGUUGUAAUCAUGGAGAGGACGCUGGAGUGAUCUGCUCAGGGGUCAGGCUGGUGGGCGGGACUGACCUGUGCUCUGGGAGGGUAGAGGUGCAUCAUGGGAGCUCCUGGGGCACGGUGUGUGAUGCUGACUUUGACCAGCAGGACGCAGAGGUUGUGUGCAGGGAGCUGGGCUGUGGGGCUCCUAAAGAGCUGCGCGGGGCAGCUGCAUUCGGCCAGGGCCAGGGCCAGGUGUGGGCAGAGGAGAUUCAGUGUAGAGGCAACGAAUCUCAGAUUAACUUCUGCCCCACAGCACCCUCACAGAAUCAACCCUGCUCCCAUGGAAACGAUGUGGGCCUGGUGUGUUCUGGCAGGGAGGAUGUGAGGCUGGUGAAUGGUAGCAGCCCCUGUGCUGGGAGAGUGGAGGUUUACCAUCGGGGAGAGUGGGGGACAGUGUGUGGACGUGACUGGGACAUGAGAGGUGCUAGGGUGGUGUGCAGACAGCUGGGCUGUGGAGAUGCUCUCGUUGCACUAAGAGGGGGUCACUUUGGACCAGGGUCUGGGAGAAAAUGGAUGGAUGAUGUGUCCUGCAGUGGAUCAGAAUCCUCACUGAAGCAGUGUGAGGCACGAGGAUGGGGUAACCAUCUCUGUAAUCAUGGAGAGGACGCUGGAGUGAUCUGCUCAGGGGUCAGGCUGGUGGGCGGGACUGACCUGUGCUCUGGGAGAGUAGAGGUGCAUCAUGGGAGCUCCUGGGGCACGGUGUGUGAUGCUGACUUUGACCAGCAGGACGCACAGGUUGUGUGCAGGGAGCUGGGCUGUGGGGCUCCUAAAGAGCUGCGCGGGGCAGCUGCAUUCGGCCAGGGCGAGGGCCAGGUGUGGGCAGAGGAGAUUCAGUGUAGAGGCAACGAAUCUCAGAUUAACUUCUGCCCCACAGCACCCUCACAGAAUCAACCCUGCUCCCAUGGAAACGAUGUGGGCCUGGUGUGUUCUGUCCCGCCCCCACCUGGAGCCUGAGGGGGAGAAGUGUGACAUCAGAGCAGCGACUCCAUCACUGCAGGCAGACUGGUGUUUGAUCUGUGUGCUGCUCAUUAAAUGGGACUCCAAAUGUCUCCUGUCUCUGUUCACUCUCAAUCUCCCACUUCCCUUCCAUCUAUUCAUCUAAAAAAGUAUUAUAUUUUAAUUGAGCGUAUAUCUUUCAAUAUAAACUUCAAUAUAAACCCGACAGCAUUUUUGCCAAUUAUAUUUUUCUCUCAAAGGCUAUAUAAUUCAGUAUGUUGAAUCCAAAUAUCUACAAAUAUCGAGUAUAAAAAGUAAAAUAUACAUUUUUGUUAAUUAAAAUAUGUUGGGGGUGGGGUUGCCCUCUUGGAAGCAAAUCCUGUUGUUAGCCUCCAGUGUAAGGGUCCGGAGAAAAAUAAAGGACAAGCUAGUUGGCUAGCUACGUAUUACAA